CGAGAAAGCACGCGAUCCGGUGCGCAUGCAAAUUACAACAUGUUGUUUCUGUCACUUUUGGCGUCUCCAGGGGGCAGUUCAUCUCUUUACUAGCUUUUUGUGUUGAUGACUGCAUGGUCGUCCAGUGUGCAAGUCAACCAAGGUAGCCAGUAGGAACUCUUUCACAGAAAAAUAAGUCAUAAUCUUUGCUGUGCACCACUAGACGCUUACUUGGAACAUACUAACACAACCAGAGUUUCACAUGCCUGUAUACUAUCGCUGAAAGAGACACUCCUCCUUCCGGCGUUCAACAGAUAAUAAACACGUAGCUCACGUCGACGGUGAAGAUUGAUCAGUACUUAUUUUCUUACUUUAGAAGAACGGUAAUAGAGACCCCAUCUUCUGUGUAAAGACGUCAUUAUUUGACCCGCACCGGUCCGCAAGCGGGGAAGCAGCUGUCACAACAACCGUAGCAACAUUUGCUUGUCAUAAUAUCAUUGACGUCCUCACCGCCAUAGGAAGAGAGGCGGUAACGAGCUAGAGAUUGCCCGCAUUAGGUCAACACAAGAACCACUUGCACAAGAACACUAGAAAUCGAAUCAGUUCGACCAAAAUGUCCGGCGAAAAGAGUGAAGCGGGAAAAAUGAAGAUUACGGCCACUGGCCGGGUGGGGACCUAUGUGUCUUACGCCAGCAAACUCUUCAACGAAGACGAACUGGACACGUAAGAAUAUGACUCUUGAUACAGUUGUAGUCUUCAUACAGUGUAAGAUUCGAGGAGCAUCCGAUUGUUUUUAAUCGCGUUAAGUGCAUGCAUGGUCAAACGCAAAUCUAUUUGAUGAAUGACUGUGGAAGUUGUACAUACCAACAAAAACAGGAUCUCGCUCAUCGCUACGGGAACUGCACUGCCGACCUGCGUGACCACCGCAGAAAUCCUAAAGCGACGCUUCAAGGGUCUGCACCAGGUAAACAAAAUCGGAACCUUGGAAAUUGAAGGAGAGGACGAGGAAAAGGAAGGCGAAGAAGCGGUACAGAUAAAUAUGUAUCCGUUCUUUUUUAUCGCAUGCAAUCCAUGCGUAGUAGUUGCAGAAGCUACGACAGGGCCGCAGGUUGUAUCAAUGUAUGGAAAAUAAAUUCUGGAGGCAGUUGGGCGAUUCAGUCGCUGCAUGAUCUGUGAAACUGACAAAUAAGUCGCCGACAAAAUGUAUAAAUAACAGGUGACCUUCACGCGGCGUGUGUCCUUUAUCGACAUUACCCUGACACUGAACAAAAGCAAAAUCAACGUGAAAGAUUCUGGGUAUCAGGAGCCUCUGCCAGAGGAAUUGGUCAAGGAACAGCCGAAGUCUGGCACCACCGAGGAUGGCGACGAGGAGAAGCCCAAGCGAAAGAGCAAGGGUAAGGGAAAGAAGGGCAAGAAAGGCAAGGGGAAGAAGGGCGAGAAGAAGGGAAAGGGCAAGAAGGGUGAGAAGAAGGGCAAGGGUAAGAAGGGCGGGAAGAAGGGCAAGAAAGGAAAGGGGAAAAAGUCCUCGGGAACCUGGAAGAAGGCGGAAGAAGAGUGAAGUGGUGAAUCUUAAUGGUUUUUUUUCACCGCAAGAUAAAGACAGGUUUUUAUCGGACUGUGUCUUACGAAAAGCGGAUGAAAGAAUCUCGAUAUUGAUUCCUGUCUGCACGAUCGGAUCAUGCUGCGCUGAUCAUGAAAACAACAGAUUUUAUUCAAGAACUCCCAUGCGGUGCCUGUGAUGAGCCACAAUUUUCUCAUCUACCAUUGAUGUUUUCGACUGUUUUUAGGCCACGUUCGAUAUUAUGACAUUUUUUGAUGUAGCUCAAAGUUAGUUUUACACGACAACUCUUUACUCUUUACUUUGGUAUCACAACCAUCCGUUUGAGAAUUAGCAAGAACCAGGUUUGAACAAGGAUAUAUUUUCAUCGAUUAGCAAUUGACUCUUUUGGAGCGAGCAGGGGUUCGCAACGCGAUGGGAGCAAGUUUCUAUCGGCACCUAGAUAGAGUUAAACGCGGAGUAAACAACUGGCGCAAGAAAGCGGCACGGCAUCGACAACAGGUUGCCGUUCGCUCAACACUGUAGUUUUCAUCGCUGCACCACACUUCUGCCAGCUGCAACUUUUAACACCAACUUGCCGCAUCUUUACUAUUUUUGCUCUUUCCCCGCGAGAAACCGCAAUAUUACCGCUGAUCAGAUUUUAAUAUGGGUUAUACUGGUUCAUUUAUAGUUGUUGCCACGAGUUGUACUAUAACAGUUCGUUAAUAACUUCGCAUCUCGAUAAUUGGUGCGACGUACGGACACGAAGGAUCGAAACGAUUACUAUUUUUUUCGAAGGUAGAUUCCUUCAACUUUUCGAAGAAGAUAACAAGAUCAACUCGACCCAUUAUAUAUGAUCGCGAACGUUGUUUUUCGAACGGAUACUAGUUCGUCCGGCAGAUGAUGAACCGCGAUUGUUCGACGAUCGCUCACCGGCGCACUAGAGUUUUAGCAGCUAGUGUGUGUUCUACCGCAGUCCUGCAUGAAGGCGGACUGCGUCCCAAGC